AUGGCUCCGACCACGCAGAAAGCACUCAUCGUGCCCGCCGAGAAGGCACCUUUCAAGCUCGUCAGCGACUUCGCCGUCCCGACCCCUGAGGCGCACCAGGUGCUCGUCAAGAUCGUCGCCGCGGGCAUCUGCCCCGCGGAUGCCAGGAUUCAGGCGUUCGGCGCGCCGUUCAUCCAGAACUACCCGUUCCUCGGCGGGCUUGACGUCGCUGGCGUCGCUGAGGAGGUUGGCGCGGACGUGACGAGCGUCAAGGAGGGCGAUAGGAUUCUCUGCCCGGGUGGAUUCGCGCCUCCCAAUGCGGGUCACAAAGAAUAUAGCGUGAUGCAUGGAGACAAUGUCGCCAAGAUUCCCGAUAGCAUGUCCUUUGAAGACGCCGCGACCAUCCCGCUUGGCUUCGCAACCGCGGUAACGGGGAUGUGGGGUCUAGAGGGCCCGACCUCGAUUGGCCUGCCCGCGCCCUGGGAGGAGGGCGGCACGACCGAGUACGCAGGCAAACCUGCGGUGAUCGUCGGUGGCUCCUCUUCCGUCGGCCAAUUCGUCAUCCAAGCUGCGCGCAUGAACGGCUUCUCGCCCAUCAUCGCCGUGGCCUCCCCGAAGCACGCCACGCUCCUCCGGUCCCUCGGCGCGACGCACGUCGUCGACCGCGCGCUCCCCACCCCCGAGCUCCUCGCCGCCGUCUCCGCCGCCGCGUCGGGCGCGCCGGUCGCGUUCGCGUACGACGCGAUCGGGAUGGAGGACACGCAGCGGCUCGCGUACGCUGCGCUCGGCGACCACGGCGGCUUCGUCUCGGUGAUGCCGCGCGCGGGCCCGGAGGUGCUCGCGCCGGUGCAGAGGGAGGGCGACGGGAAGCGGGUCGCGCGGCCGUUCGCGAGCUUCCAGAUGCCGGCGAACAAGGCGCUGGGCGUCGAGGUGUACAGGCGGCUGACGGGGUGGCUCGCGGACGGGACGGUGAAGCCGAACCGGGUAGAGGUGCUCCCUGGGGGCUUGAGCGGGAUACCGGAGGGCGCGAAGAGGGUGCUGGAGGGGAAGGUGAGCGGGGUGAAGCUGGUGGUGCGGAUCGCGGAGACGCCGUGA